AUGGCCGAAACCAUCGGCGCCGUCGCCGCGAUUGUGGCAUUGGCUCAGACUGCCUUUGAGUCUUCCGUGUCCUUGUACCAGGCGGUCAAGAGCUUCCAAAGCCACAAUUCACGGGUGAGGGAUCUCGGACUGGAAAUCAGCGCUCUUUGCGAAGUCCUCAGAGCCCUCGGCGAGCACAUCAAGGAGACCAAGGUGCACAUCUCGGGCCUUGAGGUACCUCUGCAACAGUGCACCAAUGUCUGCGCUGACUUCCGCAACGAACUGGCCAAGUGCUCAGCCCAUUCCACCGCAACGCGGACGAGCUUCCGGGACUGGGCGAAACUGAGAUACAUGGGCGAGGACAUUGACGGCUUCCGGCGUCUGAUCUCAAGCUACAAACUCACCAUGACCAUCGCUCUCAAUGAUGCAAAUCUUCAAGCUUCUGCUGAGACCGCAGAAAGCGUGGAAACUUAUCACGACCUGAUUCAGACCACGCAGGAAGACCUUCGGGAGCGGCUCCAGGGCAUGGACGAGAAACUGGACCAUCUCCUGGGAAGCAACGCCACACUCUCUGGGGCCGAUGCUCAGGAGGUUAGACUCAUCCAAGGUGAACGCCUAAGCGCCGAGAAAUGCCUGCAGAUUUGUGCCGACCUAUCCAGCCACAUUGCACAACUCCAACGUAGAGCCCAACGCUCCAUGCCAACGGAUGAGACAACCACGGCUACUGCGCCCGAGAAAAUCUACAGCGACGGUCUGCAAGAAUGCGCAGAGAGCUUGGCUCGGACUGCCGAAAAGAUUGCGGGCUGCGAAAGCGAGCUGUUCGAUCGAUUGAUAGACACAGCCCAAGCAGCUGAUCUUUCCGACAACGAUCGUGCCUCCUUUUCAAGAUUACGCGACGAGCUCAAUGCGAUGCGAGAAAGCAUGGCAAUUUGUGCGAAAGCGCAGGAGCAUCUUCGGGAGGAGGUGGCCACCAUUGACAACUAUGCCACGGGCGAUGCGAUUCAGCUCAUGGUCUCCAUUAACAAUAAACCAAUACACGGCAAGAAUCGUGGGCUCGGCUGGAGGACCAGACAACUUGGGGGAUAUGUGGAUAAGGAUGCUGUGCGAGACGCCAUCAAGUCCUUCUCCAAUAUUCCUAUUCCAGAUCCAGAAGGUUACGCCCAGCCUCCAGCCGAGAGCGGGCACGUUGUUGUCAACGAUGCGGGAACAGCCAAGGAUACGUCUGCGUUCAGUGGAGAGGGUUACAGUCUCGCAUCACGGGCCGCCCCAUCGGACUAG